UGAUAGAUAUAGGGCUUCGUGCCAGCCACAUAGCUCACAGCCAUCUUGAUGACCUUCGGGAUCUCCGCCAUGAAAUCAACCUUCUCGACAAGACCCUUGGGCGCGUCAUUGUCGCCCACAUCCAGGUGCAAUUUGGCCGUGAACGAGCCAGGCGCGUCCGCGAGCAGCGAUGUACCCGCCCACUCAAAGUCAAACUCGCUCGGCGCGUCGUAUGUCGUGUCGGCAUCGAAGAAAGUUUUGCUGUGAGCCGCCCGAGACUUCAUCGGCGCAUCGGCGCUCAGCUCCUCGUCCGGCCAACGCGUCUCGGCAGUGACGGCCACGAGUUUAUCAUCAACCACGAGCGAGCCGACGUUGACGACGACGCCGCCGGGGUUCUCGGACCCCUUCCUCCCGUAUGUGUUCAGCGUCUUGAACUGCAUCUGGGUCGCAGAGAUGCCCUUGUCAAUACUCUGGAAGUGCACAAAGUCCCAAGAGCUCGCGACAAGGUUGGGCCGCAUGCCCUGGAUCGCGUGGACAAAAGACCUGGGCCCUGGAUGGCCUCAGCCGCACCGCUGCGAAUGAUGUGGCCCGUCGCGUAGUACCGAGGCCAGAACCGGUGGAUCACGUAGCCCUCGGGCUUGCUCGAGUCGGGUCCAAAGUACGAGUACCCGCCCUUCUCGCCCGCCCCGACUUUGUACCCCGGGAUGGCGGUCGGACGGCACACCUCGAGCGAGAUCUGCAGGUCCGCCGCAACGUUGGCGCGGAUGGUGUACUUUUCAGGGAACUCGGAUUCAGGCGCAUUGACGUAUGUGAUCGAAAACUCGUCUGCCUUGCACGAGUGCUUGUCGUGGCCGGGCGGGGGAGUGACGAAAUUCGAAACGUUGAUCGACUUCCAGGUCGUCGCCUUGGUCGUCGGGUUGUAGAUCUUGCAGUUGAAUUGGAUGGUCGGAUACCACAAUCUGAAUGACAUUCAUUCAGGUCGCGCCAUGCGGUAGCCUGGCACAAGACAUACCCGACGGAUGAGUGAAUCACCUGGCACAUCAUGAACGUGCCAUCCUGCCCAAUCGUAUAGAAUGUCUGAGUCUCAGCAAUGAAGCCGCUGGUGGAACACAGCCAUUCGGUGUCCUUGGCUUGCAGUGCACCAAAGGCUUCGCCCGGAGACACUGCAGACGACGUCGGGUGGAACGUCGGGGCAUCCGGAUCCACAGGUGCAGAUGUCCUGCAUGGAUUUCAAGCUAUGCUCGUAUUGUUGAACGAUCAACUUACGAAAAGAAUGAAGAGAACAUGGUGGGGUAGAGGAAGGACAACUUCAGAAGGGGGGACUUGGCAAAUCAACUACACGUAAGCAACUUCGUCAUCUAUGCGACGUCGUUUAUUGGUCUGUGCUACAUCUGGAUCCAGAGCAUCAUCCGGCGAAGGCUGGAAUGAAGAGAUUGGUCGACGACAGAGCACAGGACGCGGAGAACAUACACGACUCUGAUCGUACUGAAUUGCCCAUUCAAAGCUUGGUUCUUCGUCGGUCGCAAUGGUUUCACGAUCAUGAGCAUACUCAACGCCACUCAAAAUUCGGGCAAAGUGUAUUGCACCACUUUUCAAUGCGUCAAGUAGCUCUUUGUUCUGGUUAGCCUUCAAGGAGGACGGAUUUUGCGAUGGAAUGGAAGCUGGCCAGCCGACAAGACGGACCCCGUAUGUCUCCAACUGAGAAGGAUUGGACCAUUUCAUUUCCGCAUUACGGACUCCGCUAACAGACCUGCAGCAAUGAGCAAAAGCCGUCAAGUGCUGACUAAAAUACCUCAGAACAGUGCGGAAUUUAUCAUACAGUUCUGUCUUGACUGAACGCGCAGAUUGGUGGGUCGGAUGUGAUGAUGCGGCAGCAGAAGUCCCUGGUUCCGGAAGAUGCUUUGCGCAGUAGGCCUUGAACGCUUUGGCCCCAGCAUCUCCUCCUCCGCGCUGACCGCGCCAGAACUCCCGGCCCUCUACGGAGCCACCGAGAAAUCCAGGAUGCUCCGAGUCAGUUGGAUCAACGGCUAGAAUGAAGGAGUGUACCCCAGAAACCGCACGGAGAGACUCGAGCAUACGAGACGUUUCCUCAAGAACAGUUUGAACUAGAUCAUUCAGGCUCCACAUAUUUCAUAGCCUGAAACAAUCUCCACUGACUGCGGCGUAUUCGCUCUUGAGCGGACGCGAAAGAUUCAGGUAGCUGAGGUUGAAAUAGAUACUGGCCAUGCCACUCUGCGACGCAACGCCUGAUCUUGUGCGAGCUGUCAAUUAGAGGAAUAGAAAUCAUUGCGGUUCACCAUAUACCUCGUCAACAGGACGGUUCUCCCUUUCAGCAAAACUCUUCACCUCUGCCCGGCAGAAAGCGUCUAGUCGUUCCAGGAAGAGGGCAUCCGUAGGUCGCGCAGAAGAUGAGUUGUAUUCUUCCAUGGAAGUGUGCAAUGUCCUGGUACUUAGCGUUACGUCUAAUCUCGCCGCAACGAAUGGGAAGUAGCGCGAAACUAGCGUUCGUUAGAAGAUGCAAAUGGCCAACGUUCAACGUUCAAGACGACGGAGAGCAACUUGUGAUGGCUUACGUCAUGAGGUUGAUCCCGCGAUUUCUUUGCCUCGUCUUUCUUUCUCACUUUCUACCUUACAAGAAGUUAGAUGGGGCGGACGCAGACGAAGAAGAAAAUCUCGAAGGCUUACCGGUCUGAGGCUUCUACAAACGCGACGCCGUCGAAAACGCCAUCGAUCGCAGCUCUCUUGGAGAAAGCACAGGGAUUGAUCGUGCAGUGCGAUUAUGAACUUGCGCAACGAUUCAUUUUGCGGGCCCUAGAGCAAGCACCAGAUCACGCAGAAGCUCGAGAAAUUCUCGGCGUCGCACAGCUCGAACUUGGAGAAUUGGAUCAAGCCAAAGCCACAUUCUCUUCUCUGAUACAACCGAGUCCGACUGCCCCAAAUCCUCCGCCCCCGUCGGCCCAUCUAUAUCUCGCUCAACUUGCCGAAGAUGAUCCUACAUACGCGUUGAAGCAUUAUCAAGCGGCUAUAGACAUCCUCACCACCCAAUUGAAGGGCAAGGAGCGCGACUCAAGUAUCCCGAGGGAAGAUGAGGCCGAGAUCAAAGCGAAUAUCAUCAGAGCUUUGAUCGGUCAAGUGGAGAUUUGGAUGGACCCGUCUUAUGAUCUUUGCUUCGAUCCCGCAGCAGAAAGCACUUGUGAAACCUUGCUCGCGAGUGCGCUACAAACAGACCCGGGAAAUGCUGAGGCGUUGCAAGCCUUGGCUUCUGUGCGGAUGUCCCAGUCGCGUCCGGAGGAAGCCAAGCAAUACAUCGAGCAAGCUUGGGCUUCAUGGAAGGAUCUAGACAUCGAUGACCCAAAGCUUCCUCCGAUAGCGACCCGACUGGCCUUGGUCAAGAUCCUGCUGGAACUUUCGCUUUACUCUGCUGCCUUGCUGGUUCUCCAUGGAGUGAUGGCCUCUGACGACCAGGAAGUAGAAGCCUGGUAUCUCGAGGGCUGGUGUUUCUUCCUCAUGGCCGAACAAGCUAAGGAAGGGGGAGGCACAUUUGAGGGUUUAACAUGGCAAGAGCUGGCAACUGACGCGAGGGAUUGUCUCGAAACCUGCCAGACGUUACAUGUUAAUGAGGGACAUCCGGACACACCGCUACUGGAUCAUGUGCGAGAGUUGCUGUCAAAACUCGAUGCUUUAGGCAUAAAACCGUCCCCGGUUCAGGACGAAGACAACCCAGAAGGUGAUUGGGAAGAUGUCCAAGGCAGUGAAGAUGAGGAUGGCGAUGUGGACAUGGCUUGAGAGCGCCAUAAGUACACAAAAGUAGCUUAUUUGCAUCGAGUGUAAUAUAUUUUCUAGUCGGAGCGUGACCUGAGGCGAUCAUCGUUUCGUGACAUCCGCAAUUCAAGGUCCUCACUGGUAUGUCCAUGGCGAAACUACGCAAAGAACAGUCAAACACUAGUCUUUCGUCUACAUCCGGACGUGGUUUGCGUAUCGUCGCGUCUGGAACGCUAUUCCUCACCCACACACUUGGUCUACCCGUCUACCCCGCUCCUUCGACUGUUGCGCGGGCCCAUUCAGUUAGCAAGACGCGUGGAGGGUCGGCCAGCACGCUUCUGUGUUUGCUGGCUCAAUUCUCCAAAGUUGAAGCGCUUCUAGUCGCGCCCUUGGGAGGUAAUACCGAGGGCCAAGCAAUCAUAAGAGAACUCGAGCGUGAAGGGGUUAGCACUCGUUAUUGUAAAGUCGUCGACGGUGCCGGUGUCCCGAGUGCAUGGGUCCUGGAAUCUCCUGACCCCAACACGCGAACGGUUAUAAACCAUAAUCCUCUCCCAGAUAUCACGCACGAAGAAUUUGUUUCCAGUCUCGGCCCGCUCCUUUGCCCCGAGAACUAUUUCGUUGGCUCUCCUGGAUCACCUGUGGCUCCUUCGCCCAGCGUGUCUGCUGGCUCUUCUGCGCAGAGCCCCGCUCCAUUGGACUGGCUUCACUUCGAGGGCCGUUCAGUUAAGACGACGCUGCACAACAUCACUGGAAUAGACGGACUUGCAAGAGAACGCAAGUGGCGCAGACACUGCGUCUUCAGUGUUGAUGUAGGGAGGAGUAAAGGCAGGCAAGGAGUCGAAGCGCUAAUACCGCAUGUUGACGUGCUGUUUCUCAACAAGCACUACGCACAAGCCAAUUCACCCAAUUUCGCUGCCAGCCCACGUGCCUUUCUGCUAUCCUUGACCUCCAUUGCCCCGCCGCAUGCACUGCUUGUUGCCCAUUGGGGUUCCGAAGGAGCCGCCGUUCUCUCCCUUCCGACGCAGGAGUAUUUCCAGAGCUCCGGUUGGGUUGAGGAGCGUCCCAAACCUCCACCAGCCUCGCAUGGUCACCGGGCAGCCAACGGCACCUCGCCUGAACCUACCAACGAAGUCUUGUCAGUUCGAAGCGGGAGCGAUUUCUGGGCCGGUGGGGAGAGUCGAUCUCCAUCGUCCAGUGCAUUUACUGCGACACACUACAAUUCCGACGGCAACACGGAGGCUUGGGUCUCGUCGGGAUCUUACUCUCGAUCGCCAUCACAGAAUUGGAAUCACGAGCGCUCCGACGACUAUGACGACGACGACGACGACAAUGAUUCGACGGGGACAGAGGUUCCCGACGACGGCGUGAUUGAUGAAGUGGGAGCUCAGGAUGCGUUCGUUGCAGGGAUGAUCUAUGCUCUGAGUCGCCGAAUUCUUCCUGGGGCACCUUACACCCCAGGAGACACAUCGGUUUCGCAGUCGCAUGAAAAUGAUAAAGGACGUUGGAGGCUGGAUGAGUGUCUUCGCUUUGCAACUGAACUUUCAGGCCGCAAAGCCAGGAGGAGAACAUGGGAGGGAUUGGGUAACGAGAUGAGACGUGCAGGUUGGUUCGACGGCUGAUCGUGGACAAGCAAAUUAUAUCCCAUUGGCUGAAUAGCAUUGAUGAAGCUGUGUGGUACAAGCACUGACAGUGAAACCAUUCUUGUUUCCUGAUUUGUUAGCGGCGUCAGCGCAAUCAUUGUUCUGAUCAGAGAUUGUUCAGUCCUCUGCUGAGAAAAAGAGGUCCUGCGUACCUGGAUAUCGCUACAAAUGGUAAAUCAGAAAUACCGAUCAGAUUGUUCAUGAAAUCCACGCACCAAGAUCUGGCUUGUGCGUCACGCUCUGCGUUGAAGACGUUGCCUUGCACUUCGAACUUAUCUCCGGAUUUAGACACUGUGGGUGCACCAACAUUUCCCAAAGUGCCACUGAAUGUUUGUAAAUUCGCUGGGGAGGCUGCCGGUGACGGGGCUGGGGCUGGGGACAAUGGGGCCGGGAGUGCUGGGGCCGGGAGUGCUGUGGUCGUAGUUGGGGUCGGAGUCACAACCGGAGGAGGAGUGGAAGUGACAGUAACGGGUUGUGUGUUCGGAGUUGUAGCGACGGCUGUUGUUAUCGGGACCGGUGUGGUAGAUGCGGGGGUUGUUGGAACAACAGUCGGAGCGGGCUUGAAAACCUGCGUUGGAAUUGCG